GCUCCAUCGUCCCCCCGAAGCUCUCUCGUCAAAGUUCUUCCCCUCGCCCAUCAAAGUCCAAUUGGCACCUAGCAUCACAAUUGGUCAAAGCUCCCUGCAAAGGCACCAAGCAAAAUUGUCAAACUUCCGGUUCCUCGUGGAGUUUCCGAGGGUUGAAGUCGAACAAAGAAUGUACACGAAACUUUUGGAGAAUUAGUCGUUUUGACGUGCAUUCCUCUUGGAACUUUGAAGUAACCAGACUGAGUUUGCAUUUGCAAUCACAGAAAUGUCUUGCACAAGAUACUUCAUGCUGUCUUUUGCUUUGAGUUUCCAUUUUCCUCCGUCACUUUUACUUUGUUAGAAUGACUUGCAGAUUUAUUUUUACUUUUGUCCGAAGAUAAAUUGCAGGGUGAUAUCAUCAAGAGGGAAGAAAACCAUUGUUGAGAGGAAGAAGCUUUUAGUGUUGGUCAGUGAAUUUAGAGCUUCGGUAAGAUAGAGCUUAUGCUAACUUCUUAGCAUGGACUCCCACCCAUUAUACAGAUACAGUGGCGCUGGUGCAGGGUUACCAAGUAGGUUUGAGACUUUGAGAUUUGAUGUCAACAACUCACUGAAUUCGCCAUUUUCGGCAAAUUCCGAUAGUGAGAAUGCCACACCUUUGAGUGAGAGCAGGGAGCAGCCCAGCUCAACGGACAACUUUUCCGGGGUGAGCCCUUCUUACAACUCCUCCCUUGACACAAGUAGCUACUUUGAAAGAUCAAGCCCUUCCGUGGAGGCCUGUGAAGUUUUUUCACAGAAUGAAAACUACACUUUAUGGGAGCUUGAGGAGGUUUUAAUGGGUCCUCAGAUGAGUGGACGAGAAGAAAAAGAAGAUUUGGCAACUCCACCAAAUGUCUCUUUCAGGAAAGAUGCUAGUAUUCCCGAGCCAGAGGGCAAGGCAACUACUAGGAAGUGGGACUCGGAGCAGCCAGGGUCGCAAUUUCUCGUAGCUGAAAACCCAUCGCCACAGGAUAUUCCUUCUGGUGAUCUAAAGCAACUUCUUGUUGCCUGUGCAAAGGCUAUUUCUGAUGAGAAAAUCAAACAGUUUGAUCAGUUGAUCGAGAAGGCAAGGAACAAGGUAUCCAUCAGCGGAGAGCCCAUACAGCGUCUUGGGGCAUAUCUGAUCGAGGGGCUUGUUGCGAGGAAGGAGUCGUCAGGCACGAACAUAUACCGGGCCCUCCGAUGCAGGGAGCCUGAGAGCAAAGACAUGCUCUCCUACAUGCAGAUCUUGUAUGAGAUCUGCCCUUAUCUGAAGUUCGGGUACAUGGCUGCAAACGGGGCAAUUGCUGAGACAUGCAGGCAUGAGGAUUACAUCCACAUCAUUGACUUCCAGAUUGCCCAAGGAACCCAGUGGUUAACGCUCUUACAGGCCCUGGCAGCCCGGCCUGGUGGCCCCCCUCGGGUCCGAAUCACAGGAAUCGAUGAUCCGGUUUCGAGGUUUGCCCGUGGUGCGGGACUUGAUGCCGUAGAGGGGCGUCUAGCAGCAAUCUCCGAGAAGUUCUGCAUCCCAGUGGAGUUCCAUGGACUUCCGGAGUUUGCUCCGAAAGUCACCUUGGAGAUGCUAUGUGUGAGGCCCCGGGAGGCCCUGGUGGUGAACUUCCCGCUCGUGCUGCACCACACGCCUGAUGAGAGCGUGGAUGUGAACAACCCGAGGGACGGACUACUUCGAUUGGUUAAGUCCCUAUCUCCCAAGGUGGUCACUGUCGUGGAGCAGGAGUCCAACACAAACACAGCCCCCUUCAUGAACAGGUUCGAAGAAACCUUGGACUACUACCUCGCGAUGUUCGAGUCCAUUGAUGUGACCCUCCCCCGUGACUCAAAGGAGAGGAUUAACGUGGAACAGCACUGCCUCGCCCGAGACAUCGUCAAUAUUAUUGCGAGCGAGGGGAGGGAGCGGGUUGAGAGGCAUGAGCUCCUUGGAAAGUGGAGGUCGAGGUUCACGAUGGCAGGUUUCAGGCCGUAUCCACUGAGCUCUUUUGUGAAUUCUGUCAUCGCGAAUCUGUUGCGGUGUUACUCCGAGCAUUACUCACUGGUAGAGAAGGACGGCUCAAUGCUUCUGGGAUGGAAGAGAAGGAAUCUGAUCUCUGCCUCUGCCUGGUAUUGACUAUCAGAACAUACAUAAAACUUAAAAGGUGAUGCAGUAGUAGAUUGGCGUAGUUCGUGUUUAUUUCACCGGAGGUAGCUCAGAGUUGAUCGAUGUCCUUUCGGGUCCACACGUGUUCGUUAAUUUGUUUGUUGUUCCUUAUAGGCUUCGCUUACUUUGUAACAUGGUAAUCAUGCAUAUUUACUUUGGAUUAUGAGCUUUCAUUCGUCCAUGCUGAAGAGGCAUCUACUGUAUCUAUCCUCUGCGCGAUUAGAUCUGCAUGUGCACAUUGGCCAUGCUCGAGCAUUGAUUGGGCAGAGGGUGACACGGCUGAGCUCCGAUCGAUUUGGCUCUCGAAUGGUAACUGUUGGCCGAGCUUGGGCACGAUAUAUUUUGAGGUCAUCCUCUUUGGUGAAAAGCUUGAAAUUUGAGGCAGGCAGGUUGGCGUUGAAGAGAAGUCCGUCCACAUGGAAAUGGAAUAAGCCACCAAUCCACUGGAAAGAAGCCCACUAGGCCCAGAAGCCCAAAACAAUAUCCAGACUAUUUCGUUGGGGUUGUCCAGGUUUAUCUCUGCAUGGCACUGACAAUCAGCAAAACAUGUAAGGUGAUAGCACGAUAGUAGAUAGGAUUGGAGUUGUUCGGUGUUUAUUUAUCCUAGGUAGCUUAGAGUUGAUGUAGAAAUGCACAUGUUCGUUGCUUUAUUCUGUUUAGAUUUCAUUUUGUGAUGUGAUAUUCAUAGAUAGUUUGGAUCAGUUCUUGGCUGAAGAGAGACCUGGUGAUUUGAUCCUCUGCAUGGUUUGAUGUACACCUUCAAAAUUGGCCGUGCUCGAAAUAAAAUGGGCAAGGCGACAUGGCUAGUUUCUGAGUGAUUUGGCGCUCGAAAUAAAACGGGCAAAGCGAUGCGGCUAGUUUAUGAUU